AUGCAGGACAUUGAAUAAGAAAGAUAAAGAAAAUAAGAUAUAUUGAUGUCAUAAGUAGUGGAGGCCGGUUAUGACACUAUUGCAUUCUAGGUGUAUUGUGAAUAAAUCAAAUAAAAUGGCAGUCAGGAUAUAGAUUUGUGGACAUUUGAAGAAUUACAAAAAACAAUUCAAGAUUUCAUCAAGAAAGAAGAGUAAUGAAUUUACUCAACUAAAUAGUUAAAAAGAGAUGCAAUAACAAAAUCUGCUGAUUGUAUAAAAUGACUCAAGGUAACUUAAUCUUUAGACAAACAAUACGCAAUUUUAAAUAUAGAAAAUUCAGGAUGAUAGUAACUUUAUAACAGAAGUCUAAUGUUAGUUGCCGGGAAGAACAAGAUUAACAGAUUAUAUUAUGGAAAAUACUCAUAAAGUAUUUUAUUGUAUUAUGAGAAGCAAGUGGAAAUAAUAAUGAGUGAAUAUCUAAGUAAAUCUGAUGGUAUUAUAUCAUCUUACAUUUCUUUUAAAAUUGAGACCAAACCAAUCGGAUGGGUUGUAAAUAGAAGAUUUACAGAUUUUCAAAAAUUGAGAGAAAUUUUAGUUAUGACGUACCCAUGUCAUUUGAUUCCUCCCAUUCCUGGAAAGAAAUUGUAUUUAAAUUAGAUAUUGUAUAUAGGAAGUCAUAGACUGGAGCAGCCUAUUUAGAGAAACGUAUGAGAAUUAUGGAAUUAUUUUUACAGAAUUGUUUGUACCAUCCAUUAUUUAAGACACAUCCUUUGUUCUCUGACUUUUUAGAAAUUAAUGAUGAUGCUAAAUUGAAAGAGAAAUUUAACCAAUAUGAAAAAUAGAAAGGACCAUCGAAGCCAUAAGAAUAUACAAUGAUUAAUGGUUCGUGUGUUUUAGAAAUUUCAAAUGAAUUAUCGAAUUAUUCAAAUUCUUUGUCAGAUUACUUAAAAAAUUCAUAGGAUAUUUAUAAAAAGACUGGCAAUAAUUUUAAUAAAUUAUGUACAGAUUUGGAAAAUCUAAGUAAUACAUUAACUGCAAUUACGGACAACUUUAAUACUUUGGAUAAACUCACUGAUAGUUUUAUUAAACAAACUAAAUCUAAAGGAGCUAUUGAGCAAAUUUAAUAAGUUUAUUAGGAACUAUCAAAGUUUGUUACUGGAUGGUAAUAUGGAGUCAAUUUUUAGAUGAAGAAUGUGAAAGUAAUUAAUAAUUUUAUGAAUAGGAAAACUUUUAUGAAUUCUUUAGAUAUCAUAAAAAGAAGCAAUCAUCCGCAUAUGAAUAUUUAUAAAGUAAGAAUUAGUUGCAACAGAAAUAUCAGAAUUUGAAAAAUAAAUUAAAUGAAAAAAAAGAAUAACUGUAUAAUAAAGGAGAUCCUACAAAGUGGGAAUUACCUCCUGAUAUUCCAAAGACUACCAAAGAACUGUAGUUUAAUAAAGGAGAAGCCUUUAAAUAUAUGUUGCCCAAUGAGACAAAAUAAGUCAGUGAAGUAAGAGAAAUGUACGCAUUUAUGAAUCAUUAACUGCAAGAUGAAAUUAACCAAAUGAUAGAUUUUAGAAUCAAAGUAUACGCUAAGAAAUUUGUUAGGAUGGGAUAAAUGAGAGCAUUGGAAACAGCUAAAUUCCAUCAUAUUUUGGCAAACUUCCUAUAGGUGUUGGCUGAAAUGUAGGGAUCUACAACAGGGCAGAUGUAUAACAGACGGGCAAGCGUAUUUAUUGAUCAAAGGUAUGAUUAAUUUUUUGGAAUAAAGCCAAAGUGAAAAAUAUUUUAUAUGCAGU